GUAAAACUAAUCCACAGGCCCCGCUCUCCCGCUGUACCACUACCACUCCCAGCUCCCCGAACCCAAACCCUAGCUCCGAUUUCCCGUCCCAAUGGGCGGAUCCGCCGAUCCCGAGGCGCCGACGCCAUCGCCAUCGCCGUCGCCGUCCCCGGCGAAGGCGUCGCCCUCGUCGGCGGACGCGAAACGGCUGAGGCGGUGCGUGCAGUCGAAGCUGUCGUGGGGGCUGGUCAAACCGGCCGGCCGCGGCGGUGGAGGUGGUGGCGGCGGAGCAGUAGGAGAAAAAGAAGCGGAGGCUGUUCCUCCGGUGCCUGCUGCCGAGGAGGCAGGGGAGAAGGAUCAUAGGGAGGAGCCGGAGAAAGGGAAGAAGAGGGGAAGGCCGCGGAAAUCGGAGGUUGGCAAGAAGCCCUCUUCGAACAAAGAGACAACUGGUUUGGAUCCAGCUAGCAAGGAUGAAGUCAUUUUGGUUGACAAGAGCCCUCAGAAAAAGCAACGGAAAGGUAGAAAGCAAGAUGCAGCACUGAAGAUGUCUAAUAGAAAGCACUGCAAGGAACUGCAGUUUACUGACGGUCCUGGAAGCUGUCAGCAACUACAUAUCAGCGAGACGGAAGCUGUCUUACCUGAAACAGCACCAGUAUUGAUUGACGAUGAUUUGGUGAGUACGCCUUCUGAAGCAGGGCAUGCUAAUGAUGAUGGUGAUGUACUAGGUAGUCAAGAUAAGUCACCAUUGGUAGUUGACCUAAGAUCAGAGGCGAUGAUGUCUGCAGAGGAAAAUCUAAAGUUAUCAUCUGGAAAGAAAAUGCACCCCUUCUUUGCUUCUCGGAAAAUGAACAAAUGUGCUGGCCAAGAUGUUCUCAGUAUUGAAGAUGUGCAGGGACUCUGUGAUUUGGGAAGGGAUCCACCAUUCUAUCCUAUUCAUGUUGUGUACCAAUUGGAGGCCAGCAUGCCGAUUCACUGGAGUAAUUGGAUAAUCAUUGAUGGAUCUUUUCUUUAUACUAGUACUGCCAAUCUUCUUGAAAACUCUGCUUCAUUCUUCGAGGGCUUGGUUAAACCACUGGAAAUAGAAUCUAGUUACAAGGGCUUGUAUUCGAACCAGUUGGCAGAGCCGAAUAUUGCUGAGUGUACAACUUCAAGAACAGGUUUACCUAGUUUUCCUGACGAGCCAAGUGAAAGCAACCGUCCUUCUUUGGAUAUGAUCAAUACCGACAAUCGGAGCUUGUUGGCGUCCGAUUCUAGCUGCCAAGCUUCUCUUUUUUAUAACAAACAGUCGGAAAGGAUACUGCAUGGAUGGCCAGAAGUUCCUCAGAACGGCUGUCAGCCUGUUUAUUACCUAUGGAUUGACAAAUACCGGCCUGAAACUGCAGCCCAGGUAUGUGGAAAUAGUGAACAUGUAAAAUUUCUUGCUGAAUGGCUCAAAGGUUGGGAUGAAAGAGGCCACAAGAUUGGAGCUGCUAAUGGGGACAUUAACGAUAGCUCGUAUCAAGAUGAAGAUGCAGAUUAUUCAGAUGAUGCUUCUGAUUGUGAAAAUGUGCUUCUAAUCACUGGACCUGUUGGGUGUGGAAAAUCAGCUGCCGUUUUUGCAUGUGCAAGAGAACAAGGCUUCAAUGUAAUCGAGGUAAAUACAUCCGACAUGAGAAAUGGGGCAUAUGUAAGGCAGAAAUUUGAGGAAGCGACUAAAUCACAUGGCCUUGAAAAAUGGUCACGAGAGGAGGUCAUCAAUCCACCAAAGGAUGACUCCUCGGGUCCAGCUUCAGGGACUCCUGAUAGCACUGAAUACCAACAUUCGCUGUCCUGUGCUACAAGAAUAGUAUUUGACUGUGAUCAACAAAAAUCACCUGUAGGAUACUACUCAAGUUCCAAGGUGGGUGAUGAAGCUCCUAAACAAGUCAUUAACAAGACACUCAUCCUGUUUGAGGAUGUGGAUACUGUCUUCGAUGAGGAUCGCGGGUUUAUUUCGACCAUACUUAAGAUGUCAGAGACUACAAAAUGGCCAAUCAUACUGACUAGCAACAGGAAGGAUCCAUCUUUGCCUCAUCUCUUGGAUCCGCUUAUUUUGGAUUUCAAAUACCCAUCUUCCGGAGAGCUGCUUUCACAUGUUGACAUGAUCUGUAAGUCUGAGGGAGUGGACGUCACUAUUCCUCAAUUGAAGCAUAUAAUUGAUAUUUGUUUAGGUGAUAUUAGAAGAAUAAUGAUGCUUUUGCAGUUUUGGUACCAAGGCAAGCGGCGAUGCACAGAGUGGUCAAAUGGAUGCUUGUCUGGUCCUUUCACUCUUGAUUUGGAUGCAGUACAUUCUACUGUACCAAAAUUGUUGCCUUGGGAGUUCCCUUGUAAAUUAUCAGAAACAGUAUGCAUGGAGAUAGACAAAACAAUCCUUUCAGCUGAAGAAAAGAAAAAACAGAUGGAAGUAUCAGAGCCUGAAGGCCUCCAAUUACAAGUAACAGUGCCUUUGAUUAAGGGAAGAAGUGCAGCUAAAACAAGAAAGACUAAGAAAUCCAAGUUGAAGCGUGGCCUCUCGGCUGAAUGUAAUAUUUCACCUUGUAAGAAUGAUCUUGAUGAUUUCCAUGAUGCUGCAGAUAUCCCUCUUCCACCUGAUCAACAAAGAAAGAAAAAUAGGCAUGGUAUGUUGCUACUAUCUGAGUCCGAUGAUGAUCCGGCUGAUGUAGAUGCUGGCAAAGACACCAAAUUUAGUGUUACAGAAGGAGGUUUCUUCCCACAAUCUUCAGAAGUGCCUCAUAUACAUGGGCAAGGGAUUUCCAAUCAAUGUCCUUUUCCUAGUGAAUCAAGGGAGGCCUUUGGAAUCGCUGAUUCUUUCCAAUACCCACUUGAAAGCAACAUGGCUGGGUCCAUUUCACAAGUUUGUGAUACAUUUAUGUCACAGGAUGUGUCAUGUGUGCCUGAGUCAUCCUUCAUUGUUGGGGGCACAUCUGCAUCCAUAAGCAGUGACGAGUUUUUGUCGAAGGCAAUGUCCAAUGAUUUGUCUGCCUUUUACAAUGGUGGUAGUUACAUUACGUCCAGAAUGGUACUAGAAGACAAUAACAAUUUGAAGAAUCUAAUGACUGAACGACAGAAAGACAUGGAAGAUGUAGUUGGCGAGACGAGUGAGGUUUAUGUGGAAUCAUUUGGUAGAAACGAACAAGCAAGUUGUUCGACUGCUGGGUAUCAAUUGAUGGAUGAGUGCAGUCGUGCUGAAAGCAUCUGGAUGCUUUCUGCCAAAAAAGCUAAUGACUCCUGCAAGGUUGAACAAGUACAAGAUACUUGGAACAGGCUACGAGGUUGCGGUCUGGAACUUCCCCGUGAGACUAACCACAACAGAGCAGCUUCUGGAGCUUUGAAACUUGCUUCUGAAGUAUCUGAUUUAAUAUCAGAAUCAGAUCUUAUUCUCUCCCGUUGUUACCCUCUUACUAAUGACACGUUGGAUCCAGCUUCAACUCCUUGUGCUGAGCCAGAUGACUUCUCCUGGUACAGAAAUCAGAUUGAAAUUGGAUCCGUUUAUACCCAGCAUGCUCUUUGCAUUUUCUCAAGGAAGUCCCAAGAUAUAGAUGAUUGUUUUCUUGAUUUGCGACAAGAGUUGUUGUUUGCCAGUACAAGUGCCAUAUCUCUUGGUAAAAUUAUGAGUUCAGGACUCAGGAACAAUGAUGGAUCUGCGAGCACUUCCAAUAUGAAAAAUCUAACUACUAGUAUUUCUAAAAUAAAGGAGUGGCAUGUUCAUCUGUGUGAAACCCUGUUUCCAGUUGUUCCUUCAAAACUAUCUCAGUCACUGAGAGGCCCUGCUUUGAUUGAUUAUUUGGCUUCAAUCAGUCAGAUCUCCCGAUUAGAAAACUUGCGACUUUCUGAAAAUAAAGCCAUAAACAAGCAAAGAAGGUCUAGUCAGUCAAGACAUUACCUGAGUUCUGGAGCACUUUCAUUGUCUCCUGAGGAUGUUUUAUUAUUAGCAGAAAGUGGCUGCUUCGGUGACAGACGCCAGAAGGUAAUAGAGCAAGCGCCAUGCAAUCCAUAAGUUAAUAAACUGGCGCAGAUGAUGAUCGGCAGCAUUUUUCCCCUAACAUUAUCAGAGGAAGUAGGACAAUGGGUUGGCAAAAUAACCCAAUUUUCAUAUUCGCAAUACAUGCUGGGGGAGCCCAAUGGUGCGGUUCGGACUAGAAUGGGUGUAGCUAGGCGAUCAUUUCCACUAUUGCUUCGUGUAAUGUAAAUGCUUGUUGGCGAUGUUGUCGUCCUAAUUUAUACCGUGGGACCUUCCAGGUUCCAGCUGACGAAUGUACACGGCCCAUGCCUACAUGUUUGGGGUUCAAUUUAUCGACGCUAACUGGUCAAAAUUCGC